AUGGUGCGUUUGGUAACAGUUUUUGGCGCAACUGGAGCUCAAGGUGGUGAUGUGGUCAAGGCUCUUCUCGCUGGAGGUAAAUUCAAAGUUCGAGGCGUCACUCGCUCUGUGGAAAGCGAGAAAGCGAAGAAGCUCGCCUCGCAAGGCGUGGAGAUGGUGGAAGCGAAUUUAGACGAGCCAGAGUCGCUACAUAAAGCGAUAGCUGGUUCGUACGGAGUGUUUUUGCUCACAAAUUUUUGGGAUGGGAUGGACGCCGAUCGCGAGACACAGCAAGGCAAAAACGCCGUCGAUGUAUGCUUGGAAAAAGGCGUUAAACAUUUGAUCUUCAGCGGAUUGGAAAAUGUCCAAAAGAUGCACGCAUUUGCAGUAGGUAAGCUGUUUUGGUCGAGUUUAUCGUGUAAUUAUGUAACCAAUAAAACACAGCAGAAUUUGAAAACAGAAGAAUCAACAGUUUGUGUAUAAAUUUGCUACAAAUCCCAAGAAUAUCGCCCCUGAGAUUUAACGAAAGUUCAAAUAUUAACAUCCAUCAAAUUUUAGUGACAGCAAAUCAGUCUCAUAUUAGGUCAAGAACAUUUUAAUAAAUGGUGUAACAAAAUUACUUGAAUUUUUAUAUUGAAACGUCGGUAUUGUCAUAGCAACCACAUGCAGUUACGUAACUUUUGUGAAACGAUUUCAAGAGGAACACUUUAUAUCACGUGUAAUCUUGAAGUAGCUCAGCAGCCUCAGCUAUUCACUUUAAUAUAGUUGUUGAGUGUUUUUUAAGUGAAACAAUACAUAGAGACGCACGAGGAAUCGACUUUUUAAUAUUGAAAAAGAAAUAAAAUAGCAUGGCAAAAACAAGGGACGCAAGAAUGUUUUAAAUUUUUUUCCAGGUGGGCAGGAACACUUUAAAUUUUUGGGAGAGGGAUAAUGUAUCAGCUUUCAUGAGGAUAUCCGUUCGAAGUUAUUUCCUCGAAUAUAAUCGUUAUUUUUGUCCGUCCAAAGAAAAUACUGAAAAUAUUGAAAAACACGAGACUGGGUUAUGGUACUGGCGGCUUGCUUCCCUAUUGAUGUAACAUCAAGGCAAUGAUUAGCGAUGAUCAAUCUCAUUUUUGUACUAUAAGCACAGGAUAAUGUAUAGGUUAUAGGUGCAUCUGUUGUCGCAUUUACACGAAUUUAAAAGCGUUAACACAUUUCACUAUUGGGACUACGAUCCAUUCUCGCCUGGUUUGUUAGCUUGUUUUUGCAUUUGAAAUCCAAAGACGAUACAUGGAUGUAUUUGUAGUAGAAUUUAGCCGAACUUGAGAUCAAAAUGUAUUUGUUGCCAAUGGUAAAGGAAGUAUCUUGUCUUUUUAAGAACACAAAACUGGGAUACCAACUGUUCAUGAGCAUAACUAACUGUAGUGUAACUUUGACAAAUUUUAGAUCAUUUUGACUCGAAGGGCAGAGUGGAGGAUUACAUAAAGGAGAAAGCAGGCUCGAUGAUAUGGACCAGUGUAAGGAUAGCAGGUUAUUUUAACAAUUUCCUAACUUUAUGGAAACCAAAGAAACAGGACGAUGGUUCGUACGUCAUAGAUCUUGCUAUGGAAGGAAAGCCUAUGUAUGGAAUGGAUGUCGAAGAUUUCGGAGAAUGUGUUGCAAGUAAGAUCAUAUUUAUUGCCUUUGUGUUGAUUGUAUAG